AUGACAGUUCUUGAAAAUGUAAAUCUGAGGGAUUUUAAUGAUGCAAUCAAGUGUAAUAUUUUAAAAUCUAUGAUAGUACUAACUCAAAAUAAUUUUGUAAAUCCUACAGUUAAUAUCAAUAGUUCAAAUAUAUUACGAGCUAGAAUUCGACCAUUAUUAUUAAGAGUAGUAAACAAUGAUGCACAAGUUUUAGGAUUCCUAAAAAGCCAUUUGACAGGUGAUUUUUAUACUUGGAUGAGAAUUGCUAAUUCAGGACGUGUUGAUGUAUUUUUUACCAAACUAAAAAACAUGUGGUUGAAGUGUGCACCAAAUUUGAAUGGUCAAGUUUUACAACAAUCUUCUUAUAACACCAAAAUAAUAGAAGCUCCUAUAAUUCUGCAAUCAGUACCAGUUUCACAAACCGUUGAACCAGUUAGACAAUCAAGAGGCUCCCCAUCAAAUUUAAAAAUGGAAGAAGAUUAUGGAAAAUAUUAUUUAACUAAAUUCCUUAAUGAUUUAAUUAACUCUAGAUUAGAUGAGAAAGUAGAUGAAAUUGAAAAUAUGUUAUCUCAUCUUGAUAUAAAUAAUCAAUUUCAAAAACCAGUAAUUAAAUUAAAUCCUAAUGAAGAAAAUAAUGGAUAUGAUAAAGAAAAAGAUAUAUGGUAUGAUUUAUUGAAAAAAAAAACAAAUAUUACCAAUAAUGGAAGUGAAUUUGGAGCCUUAAAUAAUAUAGCAAUUAAUACCCUUGGAUGGAAAGCUGACAAGCCAUCUGACUUUGAUAUAAAAG